UGCAAACAGGAAGAAGCUUUAACUGGAGAAGCAGGAAUGAAGGGCCUUCUGCCCUUGGUAUUGAAUUUUAUAGCACUUUCUUCUGCAUUUCCUCCAGACCGCAAGGACACAAAUGGCAGACUUGAUCAACUGGCCCAGGCAUAUCUCAACCAGUUCUACUCUCUUGAAAUAGAAGGGAGUCAUCUUGUCCAAAGUAAGAACGGGAGUCUUUUAGACAGCAAACUUCGGGAAAUGCAAGCAUUUUUUGGAUUGACAGUGACCGGAGAGCUGGACUCAGACACCCUUGAGAUCAUGAAGAUGCCCAGGUGUGGGGUUCCUGAUGUGGGACAAUAUGGUUACACCCUGCCUGGGUGGAGAAAACACAACCUCACAUACAGAAUAAUGAACUACACUCCAGAUAUGACACGAGCCGAUGUGGAUGAGGCUAUUCAGAAAGCACUAGAUGUUUGGAGCAAGGUCACUCCACUGAUGUUCACCAAGAUUUCCAAGGGCGUUGCAGACAUCAUGAUAGCCUUUAGGACUGGAGGUAAGUCUUGCAACGGGAGGGGAUGUGGCAAUUUCUAAGAUCUCAGGACGCUAACUCUUCCCCCAUCAACUAUCUCAGUCCAUGGCUGGUGUCCUCGUCACUUUGAUGGUCCCUUGGGAGUCCUUGGCCAUGCCUUUCCUCCUGGUUUGGGUCUAGGUGGUGAUACUCACUUUGAUGAAGAUGAAAACUGGACAGCCAAGGAUGGGGAAGGAUUCAACUUGUUUCUUGUGGCUGCUCAUGAAUUUGGUCACUCUCUGGGGCUCUCUCACUCCAAUGAUCAAACAGCCUUGAUGUUUCCCAAUUACGUCUCUCUGGACCCUAGCAAACACCUACUUUCUCAGGAUGAUAUUGACGGGAUCCAGUCCAUCUAUGGAAGUCCACCCAAGACACCCACUAAGCCAAAGAAAGCCACUGAGCCCCACGGCUGUACAGACCCUGGCUUAACUAUGGAUGCUAUCACUACCUUCCGCAGAGAAGUGAUGUUCUUUAAAGGCAGGCACUUAUGGAGGACUUACUCUGAUAUUGCUGAUGUGGAAUUUGAGUCAAUUGCUUCCUUCUGGCCAUCUCUGCCAGCUGACCUUCAAGCUGCCUAUGAAAGCCCCAGAGAUCAGAUUCUUGUGUUCAAAGAUGAGAACUUCUGGGUGAUCAGGGGGUAUGCUAUUUUGCCUGAUUACCCCAAAUCCAUCCACACACUCGGGUUCCCAAGACGUGUGAAGAAAAUUGAUGCAGCUGUCUGUGACCACGAAACAAAAAAGACCUUCUUUUUUGUGGGCAUCUGGUGCUGGAGGUAUGAUGAGACGGUGCAAGCCAUGGACAGAGGGUUCCCACAGAGGAUAGUGAAGCGCUUCCCAGGACUUGGCAUCCGUGUGGACGCUGUUUUCCAGCAUAAAGGCUUCUUCUAUUUCUUCCGUGGGUCAAGGCAAUUUGAGUAUGACAUCAAGGCCAAGAAUGUCACCCGCGUGAUGAGAAGCAACUCUUGGUUCCGGUGUAAAGAACCGUUCAGCUCAUCAUUCAGUGUUGACAUCAAAGAAGCGGCACAUUCCACUGCAACAGUGAUACCGCAUCAGACAAGUGUGAACUUGUUGAUUUUCAGUACUGUUCACGUGCUGACAAAAACAUACAGUUAA